AGGAGGGCAGUGCGAACAGGGUUCUGCAUGCACUGACAAGUGCGUUUAACUCCCUUAAAAUUCCUCUCGCAGAGAUGCACGUUUAUCCAGCGCCUAAUCGGCGACAUUUCUCAAAUGUUGCACUCUACAUUGUCUAGUUUCUCAGAUCGGAAUUUUCAUUUUGACCCACCCUUCGUCUAAGACAUGCAACUUUGGGAGAGCUUGGCAACCAGGUAGUGAACAGCUGUACAGCAGCAUGCUGUUUCUGGCUAACAAAAUUCCCUGGAUCUUCGCCGAGUCAAUCCACGGAUACUUCGUUUGUGGAUGUAUAUUCAGAUGGUUUGAUUGACGCAUAAGUGGAAGGAAUACGCAGAAAGGCGAGUGAGAAUGGCUUCGAAAGAGCGACUGUACGAGCUGUGGAUGUUAUAUUACACUAAGAAAGAUGUUGUUUACCUGCAGCAGUGGUUGGAGGUAUUUGUGGCUUCUUUUGAGAAGAUCAUUGAUGUGCAGUCGACGGAGCCUCGUCGGCUGGAGGAAUGGAGCGCCGAUGUUCCGCUCCUGCCCAAGGAGGUACUGGUGUUCCUCAGCACCCAGCUGUGGCACAGUGCCCUCCACAUGUCAGGGCAGGACAAGAACAGCACUGCUCCACACCCACUGCUCCUCAUCAAGUUCUUCAUCAUCAUCUGCAGGAAUAUGGAGAAUAUAGACUCUGAAAAGACCCCUGGCUUUGUGUUUGAGACAAUCAAGCUCCUAAACUUCUGUUUGUCUCAGCUGAAGAAGCAGCCAGAUGAUCAGAGCACUUUACAGUCGGUGGUACAACACGGCCUGCUGCUGUGCGAAAAUCUCUUUGACCCUUAUCAGACGUGGAGGAGACGGCAGGCAGGGGAGGAGGUCAGUAUGCUGGAGAGAAGCAAGUAUAAGUUCUCCCCUCUUGUUCUGCCAGAGGAGCUUCCUUUGCUCUUCCACGACUACCUACAAGAGAGUGAACUAAUCCCAGAGCCCCUUGUGGUGAGGCUGGUGCACCUACAGGGAGCCGUUAUCAGUGGCUGCAAGAGGAACGGCCUUCUCUCCAUCACCCCCCAGGCUGUGAAGGACCUCAUGUCUGUGCUGCGUUCCUGGUGCCUCUGUCCUGCUUCAUCCCCGCAAGAGCCCAGGGACCCUCGGCUGCUUAGAAUGUCCCUGCGGUGCCUGACCACAAUGAUCCACCUUCUGCACUCCAGCAACCCAUGCGAUAGGCAGGUUGAGAUCCGGACUGUACUGGAGAAUUACUUCCAGCUGCUCAACUGGAACCGGCUACCAGAGAGCCAGCAGGGAGAUAUCCUGGCCUGGGAGGAUAACCUCAUUAUCCUUCUCGAACAUAUGCUGAAUGCUAUCCCAGAGAUCCUGCAGUGUUCAGACCGGCCGGUGUUGCAGGCCAUCUUUCUAACUAACAACUGUUUUGAGCACAUCCUCCGCCUCAUCCAGAACAGCAAGCUCUAUCAGAGUAACAGGUUUAUGGUGGAGUGUGAGGGCCAAUGUGACCUCACUACACGUUUGCUCACAGAGUCUGAAGUGGAGCAGGUCUGGGAAAAGGGCUCUGACUGCAUCACAGUACACGCCAUUCGAGUCCUUACCGCCAUUAUGAGCAACUCGCCCUCUGCCAAGGAGGUAUUUAAGGAACGAAUUGGCUACUCACAGUUGUUCGAUGUGUUGAAAAGUCAAGGACAGCCCACCAAAAGACUCCUGCAGGAGCUGAUGAACAUGGCUGUUGAAGGAGAGUAUUCCCUGGCCAUGCAGUUGGGCAUCAGUAACGAACAGCCUUUGCUCCUGCUUUUACAGUGGUUGCCUGAUCUGGGCUCUCGCUCUCUGCAGCUGCUGGUGUCCCAGUGGCUGGCGGCCGUGUGUCGAGGAACUCUGUCCUGCCGCACUGUAGCCGUCGAGGCAGGCUUAGUCGGCGCUCUGCUGGAGGUGCUUUCCGAACCCCCGGAGCGGCUUGACCGGCAGUGUGCGGACGCCCUCAUGGGCUUGCUGCAAGACUUGGGAUCUCUUUCUUUACGGCCCUGUGAACUGAAGAGUCUGCUGAAGCUCUUGCGGACUGAGCCCGGUGCACCUCCUCACCCGUACUGCGGGCGCGUUGUAAGAGUGCUCUCCGCCAUGGCAGCCCGUGGAGAGGGUGGGUGCAGCGCCUUGCAGUAUUUUGACCUUAUGCCCCCUAUGGCGGGUAUUAUGGUGCCAGCUAUACAACGCUGGUCAGGGAGUGCGUUUGCUUUCCACGCCUGGCUGUGCCUCAACACAGACUUUCCUCCACCCCAGCACUACUACUCAGAAUCCCACCUGACUAACCCGGAUAAUGCAGUUCGCAUGGCCAAGGGACCGCGCAGGAAACAGCUUUACAGUUUCUUCACAGCAAGUGGAACUGGCUUCGAAGCUUUUUUCACCACAGAAGAAGUUUUGGUGGUUGCAGUAUGUACCAAAAAAGAAUACAUGGCCGUUUCCCUGCCAGAACACCCAUUCAAUGACUGUGCCUGGCACUCAGUCGCCAUAGUUCACGUUCCUGGCCGUCGACCUUUUGGACAGAAUGUGGUCACUGUUUAUGUGGAUGGAGAGCUCUGUAAAACAGCACCCUUGCGCUUUCCUUCUCUUAAUGAGCCUUUCACUUCCUGCUGCAUUGGGUCAGCUGGACACCGGACUACUACCACUAUGACUACCUCUCCAACCUUGACCAACCCUUCCCACUCGCCCUCCGAGAUGGCAUUUGCAGCUCACACUGGGCCGCCUACCCUUGCACGCUCCCAGUCCUUCCCAGCAUCCUUUGCAGCAGCCACAGGGGGGAGGCCAGGUUUGAGUCGUGACAGUUCCGUCCACACCAUCCCUGCAGGGCUUCAGGACACGGCAUGGGGUUCUCCUACAUCACUGGGUGGUCUUUUAGCCACGGCGUUCAUCUGCCAUGAAGCUCUGCAGCCUGCUCAGGCACGAGCCUUGUUCACUGCAGGACCCAAUAACGUAUCUCUUUUCAAAGCUGAUGGUGAGCCGUCAGAAGUCAACAGUAAACUAGUGCUAUACUAUACCCCACAGGCCUUUAAGAGUCAGAUCUGCUUGGAUCUGUCCCCGAAUCAUCUGUACGAUGGCAGGUUGACUGGUCACAGAGUGGUCAACUGGGAUGUCAAAGAUGUGCUGAGCUCAGUAGGUGGGAUGGGGGCUCUUUUGCCCCUGUUGGAGCAAGUAUGUUUACUGGAUCAGGGCGAGACUGGUGGUCAGGAGACUUCAGAUCUUAUCGGGCCAGAGCUCACGUCCUCCAGGGGUCCUGCCGGCAUGCUGCUGCCACUGGGGAAGUCAUCUGAGGGCCGUUUAGAGAAGAACAGUGUGGCAGCGUUUUUGCUGAUGAUUAAGAACAUGCUGCGCAACCACCCGGCCAAUCAGGAGAGUCUGCUCCAGUGCCACGGGCCGCCCAUCAUCGGAGCCAUGCUCGGCAAGGUCCCCAGCAGUAUGAUGGACAUGAGUGUUCUGAUGGCCUGUCAGUUCCUGCUCAAGCAGGUGUCCAACGAGGGCAACAACGCCCUCCUAUCACAACUGUACCAGUACCUGCUCUUUGACUUCAGGAUCUGGAGCCACAGCCACUUUGCUGUCUGUCUGGGUCAUGUGCAGUACCUAACCACUGUCAUCAAUGAAGGCAAGCUAAAAACGCGCAAGAGGUACGGUGUUCAAUACAUCCUGGACUCGAUUCGGUCACACUACAGUGCGGAGAAGGACGGCAGUCCUCUGUCUGAAGAGAGGCGGACGGUGCAGAUCUCUCUUUUCUCUCUGCUGAAGGACCUUCUGAAAUCUCCCACUGCUGAGGAGCUGCACAGUGUACUAGCCUACGCUGCUAUAGUGCAGGACGAACAACAGUUGAUCAGUAUUCUGGAUGUGUUAUACACUGUGUUGAGGAGUUCUCCUCAUCCACGUGAGCAGACUGUGACGGUUCUUCUGGAUCGAGGGGUGGAGCAGCUCUACUGUCAGAUGCUCAAACACAACUAUGGCGACGAGGCUCGUGAGAGAUUAUUCCGGGUCAUGUAUAAAGUCCUGAAGAGUGAGCGUGUACCUGAGCGCAAUAAACUGCGCAUCAAACUUAAGGACUCCAGUUACCUUGGGCUGGUCUGCUCCUUUGGAGACGUCCCCAUCACCAUGGCAACUGUGCGCUGUCUGUAUGAGCAAGUGCUCGCCACAGAUCCCAAUCCUAAUUUUAGAGACCUGUUGGCAGUGGUGUAUCUGUCCCAUCGCGCCGACCUUAGUGUCCGACUAGAUAUUUGUCGCAAGCUCUUCCACUUGAUCUACUCUAAUGAAGAGUAUGUGAAGCAGCUCGCUCGUCAAUCAGGCUGGCAGGAUGUUCUCACCAAACUCUACGUCAAAGAAUCGUACGAGUCUCGCGUUCGCAGUCAAUCCAAUCCUUUAUCCAGCCCCACCACCUCGCUGGACCCUGUUCUUUCCAGACCCGUCUUCCAUCGCGAGGACAGCGUAACGGAGGACAAUCGGCAGAACGUCUACAUCUCCCUCAAUGCCCACCAUGAAGAGGAGUAUGAGGAGGAAGAAGGAGAAACUCAGGAUGUGUCCGAGGGCUACUCUGACCUCUCCCAGUCUCCCCCGUCAACCAAACAACUCAGGAACGGUUCCCUCCACUUCAAGCCAUUUGACUCUGGAGAACAAAGCAGUCGCUCGUCCUCCCUUUCCAACACCGUGGACAUUCCAUCAUCGUCCCGCCUGCUAGAGGAAGAGGAAAGUGUGUAUCAGCCUCUCUCGCCCUUCAGCUCGCCCUUUGAGUUGGAAAUCCAAAAGGGACCUCAGACCCCUGUGGGUAGCCAGCCAGAGACCCCUUCUCCUCUGGAGCACAAUAAGACCUUCCCAGGCAUGAGACCACGCAAGAGCUCCAGUCUGUCCAACAUUCUGGAUGACACAAGCUAUAGCACUGAUCCACCUACAGACACCAUCUCCAACACAUCCAACCCACAGGCUCCAGAGGAGGAGUUGUGUAAUUUGCUGACAAACAUCGUAUUCUCUGUGCUGUGGAGUGGCACUGAGGGAUCUGAGGAUGUGAUGUGGAGAGAAAGGGGUCAGGUGUUCUCGGUCCUUACCAAACUUGGCUCGUCCUGCCAACUGGUGCGGCCACCUGACGACAUCAAACGCAGUCUGUUGGAGAUGAUGCUGGAGUCGUCUCUGUCAGAUUUGAGGGACUCUCAGGGCGUGUCUCUGCACCAUGUGCCUUCUUUGCUCCGCCUCCUCAGACUGCUCCAGGACUUCCUAUUCGCCGAGGGCACUGACAAUCAAACACUAUGGAGUGAGAAGAUCUUUGAAGGGGUGGUAAAUCUGCUGGACAGGCUGCAGGCGUGGCACACGACCCCAGGGUCAGCCGGGUCUGCUGAGCUCAAAGAGAUGUCUCUGAUUGGCCUGCGUAUCAUCACUGGAUACAUUCAGCAGCAGCAGAACCCACAGGUGUGUGAGAUGGCACGUUUAAAGCUUCAUAGCCUGCUGCAAACUGUGCUAUGUCUGUCCUGGGAGGAGGUGUGUUUUCUGCUGGGUCGUCUUGGUGCACCACUUUGGCCAGCAAACACUGGUUCAGACCCAGGCACCGAGAUUUUGCUGAGCCCGCUGGUGCCCAUCGUCCGAACGCUUUUGGACCAGCAUGCGGAACGCACCACCCUUCAGAAUCUGCUCCCCAACCUCCCCGCCACCAACGGCAGCCCCUCCUUCGCCCAGGACCUCCAGAACUACUGCAGCACUGCUGAGUGGCAGCAAUUCUUCCAGAACCACGUGGAGCCCACAAUGCAGCAGUAUGAGCUCGACACUUUUGGAAAGAGUCACGACCUGAUGUCCAACUUUUGGAAUUCCUGCUUUGAUGACCUCAUGAGCACUGCGCAGAAAAGAGACAAGGACCGUUCUGACUGCAAAGCCAAGUUUCAGGAGCUCAUCGUUGACCCGUACCUAAAACGAGUGCGCACCGAGAACAGCCGCUACCACGUUGUGCAGAAGAUGAUUAACGGCCAGCAGGGGAUGGUGUGGAGGCACUGGAAAUCACUGCGUAGAUUACUGAGCAGUGAGAGAGGAGCAUGGGCCCUCAGGGUUCAGCCAGAGGUGAGAUGGAAACUGUCGAGUGCAGAGACGUACUCUAAAAUGCGUCUGAAGCUGGUGCCAAACUACAACUUUGAUUCUCACAGUGAUGCCAGUGCACUGAGAGAUAACAUGGGAGCCGACAGCCCUCGCAGCUCGACCGAACCCCUCCCUCUUGCUGUUGCCAAGGAAGCCAAAGUUAGUGACAUGGAGGACGACAAACUAGAAGAUGAGGAUUUUGUCUUCCUUGAAGAGGCGGAGGAGGGUGAGGAGGAGAGCCAGAAGGAAAAGCUGGUGCUCUCAGAGGAGUGUGAGCUCAUCACUAUUGUUGCCGUGGUACCAGGUCGCCUGGAGGUCACAACACACCACCUGUACUUCUACGAUGGCAGCAGUGAGAAAGAGGAGACAGAGGAAGGUAUUGGGUUUGAUUUCAAGAGGUCAUUGUCACAGCUAAGGGAGGUUCACCUGAGGCGAUACAACCUGCGGAGAUCAGCACUAGAGCUGUUCUUCAUUGACCAGGCACACUACUUCAUCAACUUCAGGAAGGGGGUGCGGAACAAAGUCUACUCCAGGAUCCUGGGUCUCAGGCCGCCCAAUCUGUUCUACUUUGGUUCUCGCUCUCCUCAGGAGCUCUUGAAAGCCUCCAACCUGACUCACAGAUGGAUUUACAGAGAGAUCUCCAAUUUUGAAUAUCUGAUGCAGCUCAACACCAUUGCUGGUCGCACAUACAAUGAUCUGUCCCAGUAUCCAGUGUUCCCCUGGGUGUUGUGUGACUACACAUCUGCUGAAUUGGAUCUGGAAGACCAAGCGGUUUUCAGAGAUCUGUCCAAACCCAUUGGUGUUGUCAACUCUCGCCAUGCACAGAACGUCAGGGAGAAGUAUGAGAGUUUUGAGGACCCAACAGGCACUAUCGAUAAGUUCCAUUAUGGCACACACUACUCUAAUGCUGCCGGCGUCAUGCACUACAUGAUCCGCACAGAGCCCUUCACCUCAUUACAUAUACAGCUCCAGAGCGGCAAGUUUGAUUGUGCCGAUAGGCAGUUUCAUUCAGUAGCAGCAGCAUGGCAGGCGCGAAUGGAGAGUCCAGCGGAUGUGAAGGAGCUCAUCCCAGAGUUCUUCUACUUCCCAGAGUUCCUGCAGAACUUGAACAAUUUUGAUCUGGGAUGCUUGCAAAUGAAUCAGGAAAUGGUCAAUGAUGUGUUGCUUCCCCCGUGGGCAUCUUCACGUGAAGACUUCAUCAGGAAACACAGAAAAGCCUUGGAGUGUGAGUAUGUGUCUGCUCACCUACAUGAGUGGAUAGAUCUCAUAUUCGGGUUUAAACAGCGAGGACCUGAAGCAGUGGAGGCUCUUAAUGUCUUCUACUACUGCACUUAUGAGGGUGCAGUAGAUCUGGACGCCAUAGCUAAUGAGACCGAGCGCAAGGCCCUGGAAGGCAUCAUCAGCAACUUUGGUCAAACACCCUGUCAGCUUCUCAAGGAGCCUCAUCCUCCCCGUUUGUCAGCAGAGAACGCAUUCAGGCGGCAGGCCCGUCUGGACUUACUUCCCCCCAACCUUUUUGAUCAGCUCAGUAAACUCCGAUCUUUCAAGGAGGUGGUGAGUGAUGGGCUGCCAUUAGUGCAAGCUUUGGUGCCCCGAAAUCAAACCCGCUCCAUUAUCAUCCCAGGUUCUGACAUACUGGUGACGGUGAGUGCUAACGGAAUGAUAGGCACUCAUAGCUGGCUUCCCUACGACAAGAGCAUAGCCAAUUACUUCACCUUCACCAGAGACCCCUCUGUGAGCAACUCAAAGACCCAGCGGUUCCUCAGUGGGCCGCUCUCCCCAGGGGUGGAAAUGGGCUCCCAGGUGCUGGUGGUGUCCAGUGACGGGCGUCUGCUGUUCAGCGGGGGGCACUGGGACUGCAGCCUGCGGGUCACUAUGUUAGGCAAGGCCAAACUGGUGGGCAGGAUCUGCCGUCACAUAGAUGUAGUCACAUGCCUGGCUUUGGAUCUCUGUGGUAUCUACCUCAUCUCUGGCUCACGGGACACCACAUGCAUGGUGUGGCAGGUCCUACAGCAGGGUGGUUUCUCUAGCGGUCUGUCUCCACGGCCCGUGCAGGUCCUCUGUGGACAUGAUCAAGAGGUCACAUGUGUCGCCCUCAGCACUGAGUUGGAUAUGGCGCUCUCAGGGUCAAAGGAUGGCACAGUAAUCAUGCACAGUGUGCGUCGUGGACAGUACCUGCGGACACUGAGACCACCGUGUGAGAGCUGCGUUCCUGCCCCUGUGGCACACUUAGAGGUCGGCAUGGAGGGGCACAUAGUGGCACAGACUGUUAUGGAGGGCCGCACGGCUGGAAAGGAGAAGUAUGCACUGCAUGUGUAUUCUGUAAAUGGCUCUCUCUUAGCAUCUGAGACCUUGGAUGAGAAGAUUUCAGCUUUGCACCUGGUGCCUGACUACCUCAUCGUGGGCACACAACAGGGGAACCUUCACAUUCGAGACUUGUACAGCUUAAAUCUGGCUGUGGCGCCCUUGGCCCUGAAGGUCCCUGUGCGCUGUGUGUCUGUCACGAAAGAGAGCAGUCAUAUCCUGGUGGGCCUAGAGGAUGGCAAACUCAUAGUGGUUGGAGCAGGAAAGCCAGAAGAGGUGCGAUCAGGACAGUUUUCCCGGCGACUGUGGGGCUCCACACGCAGAAUCUCCCAGGUGUCCUCAGGAGAGACCGAAUACAACCCUGUUGAACCUCCUGGUAAAUGAGCUCCUCGUGCCUUCGGCGAACCCUUUGCCUCCACCGUUCUCGCAGCACUCCAAUCUGAGAUUGGGAAGAAGAGAGCAUAAUGGGAACAUCCAAAACAUGCACUUUUUUUAUGAAAAGGGAACAUUCUUGUUGACAAUGCAAUGAUUUAUACUGCUUUUAACAUUCCAAAGAUUUUUGAUCAGGCGAAUCAGGCGGUGAACUUUUUGAGCAUUGGCGGCUGAGACUGAACUUUAACUUUUUAAAAAGCAGUAUGUUCUGUCCUGUGAAUCACAGACUGGUCUGGAGACCGAGGCACUGUGGCUCAGCGUCUCUGUCACUGAGUGACAAACCGUAAUCACCUGAGCUGUAUCUUCCUAUGCUGAUUUUUGCUUCUGCUUUGCUGAUCACGGUCAGCACAGCAGCACUGGUACUCUAUCUGACACUUGAAAAGCUUCGUAUAUUGAGCAAUGUGUAAUCUAUGAAUCAAUCCAGAUUUUUCCAUGGGACAGGCACCAACAGAGAUAUUUUAGCUCUGUGUUUAUAUGUGUUUAUAGGUGUGGGUGUUUGUAUUACUUGCAGAUACUUUGUAUAAUGCAAUAAUUAUGUGACGCCUAAAUUGGAACAAGAUCAUUUCACUCUUGUCCGACGAUGUGUGACGAUUUGAGCCCUAUUGACACUUGAUUCAGUACCACCAGUGCCUUAAAACAGGUAAACAAUAUAAAUCUUCAUAAUUAUGAUUGAUUGUGAAAUUAUAUGUAUUUAAAGGGAUAGCUCACUCGAAAAUUUAAAUUUGUCAUCACUGAGUCUCCCUCAUGUCAUUCCAGCCCUGUAUGACUUUAUUUCUCCUGCAGAACACAAAAGAUAUAUAAAUAUAUAUAUAUAUAUUAGUGCUGUCAGUUGUUUAAAAAAAAUAAUCAAAGUAAUUAAUCUAAAAUUCAAACAUUUUUCUGUAAGUUAUCAUGAUUAAUCGAUUUUUUUUUUGUUUUGGGGGGCGGGGGGGGGGGUAAAAUUAGUAAUUAUAGCGAUUCAACAUCACAGUAUAAUUCAAAGCUAUCUUUUAAUCAUUUAAUAGGCUUAAAAAACGUACUUUUAAUAUUUUCAUAAACACAUUUUAAUAAAUGUCACAUGUCGCCACACACAGAAACAAGUUUUUAGUUAUUUAUUAAAAUACGAGGUUACAUAAUCCAAAAACAAGUUUGGCACCAGCAUUUUACAUACCAGUCAUAAUUCUUGAUUACAAUUUCUAACACAAACCGUUUUCCUGACGACUAAAAAGUCACACAAAAAAAAAUAAAAGACAAGUAAAGAGUCAGUAGAGAAAUUAGAACAAAUAAACAAAUUACAUAUAUUGAAGAAUCGUCUUUUGUACCAAUUAAAGUCAAUGGGGUCCAAAACAACAUUGUAUGGUCAAAAAAAGAUUUACGAACAACAUGAUGGUGAGUAAAUGAUCACAUGGUUUUAAUUUAGGGGUGAACUAUCACUUUAUUUCUUUGGGUCCUGCUGAUAAAAAUGAUGAUAUUCUCCAUAAUCACACUGGGUAAAAUAUUUCAUAUGUUAUGUGUUAUAAAAAAAGAAAGUGCCUUCCUGUCAGCGCACUGAGGGAUUCACACAGCCAUCACAAAUAUCCUCUUAAAUGUCAGAGUGCACUUGUUUGUUCUUUCACUGUAGGGUAGCGUUUUCUAAAAAUGGCCAUAAAUUGCACUUGAUAUGAAAAGCUUUUGGUUUCUUUUCAUAUUUACGAUAUGGUUUCAGAGCAUCCUUGGAUGCCGCUUAAAUUCAAAUGUUAUCCACUUUUGAACUUCGCAAAGUGCCUCAACUGUGUUCUUUACUGUAAUUAUUAAACUAUUUGUAAUAUGUGAAACAUAUGCCAGCUAGUCUUAAUUGGCCUGUGAAUGUGUCUGUUGGCUGGGGCCACAAUUCUGUCUAUGUUACCAUUGGAAUUCUUUUGCCUAGAUGUUUUGGGGUUGUUUUUUCUCUUGACGCACUGAAUACUUUGAAGGCUGUGCUGUAUGAGUGGUGUCUGCGAGACACAUGGGUAUUCGGACACAUCUUGCUGGCUUCUCUGGGAUGGUUGCGUUCAGUCUUUUGCUCUGUACUGUAUAGCAAAGUCAGCAGAGACAAAGGGACGCACCAAGCACAACGGCUAGCAGUUAUACACACUGUUUAAAGGGUUUUUUUUCUGAUAUUUACUCACAUUUGUAUUGUUCUAAACUCAUAUGAAUUUCUUUCUUCAGUGGAAUAAAAUGUACUGAUUGCUCUUUUA